AUGGCGCAUAGUAAGUAUCCGAAUCGCGACAACCGGACUGUCUCGAAAAUUCUCGGUGAAUGGUGGUACGCUUUAGAUGCAGACGAGAAGCAACAGUACCACAAGCUUGCUACCCAGGUGAAGGAGGCGCAUUUCAAAGCUCAUCCUAAUUGGAAAUGGUGCGCAAGGGACCGGAAAGCGCGAUCGGCUGAGGCUUACACAAAUGCUCCACAAUCACAGAGGUCGUUCGAAUUCGACUUGAAAGCAGCAGAUGAUAUGGCAAUGACUUGUUCAGAAGAUGGCUACAACGGCAGCCUGAGUCCCACGACUGUUCAGCACAAUCCCUUCUUCGCCGGUAAUCGGCACAGCCUUCGACCUCAGCUUACUGCGAAAUGCAGUGGAUGGACAGAAUCGAAGAAAACCUCGAAGGCUCGUAACGUGCCUGGCCACUCACUUACCACUCAAAAAGACCAGGCUGAAAAGUUAGACAGCUCGUUCGCUCAACGCGCUUCAUCGCAAGGAGCCAAGGAGCCUCCUUCAGAGGAUCAUUUUCUCGCGAUCUGA